AUGUCGUCCACAACCGACGCGGAUGGCACUGAGGAUGUCAACGACUUCCUUUUGCGCAUCCGCGAAUUAGGAGAGAAGCGCGAUAAAGAGGACGAGGAACGCACAAAGAAGUUGGAGGAGGAAAUCCUGCAGGGUCGGAAGGAAAGGCAGGCUAGGAGAGCUGGAAUGCUGACUGUGUCCGUUUUUUUGGGAUCCAAUACAGAGCGGGCACGGUCGAUUUCCCCCACGAAAGAUUCACCAAUAUUAGAUCCCGCUCGGUUGAGCAUGUCUUCUUUCAGCCAGCGAGCGAUUGACCCUCCAGAACACCUCGAACCUACCCCUCAUACGCCCGGGCAUGACACUGGCAACGGGGCUGAUUCGGUUCGAGAUGACGCAUCGAUAUCUACAGACAAUGGUCGGAGGGGGUCUACAUUGACGGCAAACGAUGGGGAAACUGCUUCCAGACCUAUCUCACCUUUCCGGAGCAGAGCCGGCACUCUCUCCUGGCAACAAAGGCCUACGUCUCGGGAUAGCAACAGGGCUUUCUUCUCCGCGUCGCCCUCCCGUGAGAGCCGUUUCAGAGCCAUGUCCACAACGUCUAAUGACGAUCAUGGGGUAUCUAGGAGCCCAUUCGCGUCUUCCCCCUCGUUCAAAGACGUACCGUGGUCUCGCCACACAGAGGGAGGGAGCCCUUCUCCGACCCGCGCAAAGCAGGUAGAGGAGGACUCACUGCACCCUCUGCACCCUGAUACUGGCGCCAAGGAGUUGGAAGCAAAUCAAGAGCACACUACAGAGUCGGCGAAGGAAGCAGAAAAUCACGAGAUCGUAGAAGAGCGAUCACGGUCCCCGUCAAGAGCAAGUUCAACGUUUGCAGAAAGUAGUUUGGGCAAUCGGUAUUCGAGCAUAUCUUCUGUGUCGACGGCCACUGGGCUUGGCUCUCCUUUGCCUUUGACGAGCGCACAGAAACUCGAGCCGCGAAAGACGGAGGACGGCGCAGAUGACCAAAUCACAUCACCCCCCUCGCCUAGGCGUUUGUCUCCCGAGCGUUCUACAUCUCCUACCAAGGGGCUCGGUGGAUUUGUGCAAAGCGCUAUGAUGAAGCGAUCAGACAGCGUGUCAAAACGCUGGAGCGCUCAGCUGCCGUCGGGGCUUAGUCGAGGCAAUUCGGUUUCUAGCAACCGCAAUAGCUUCGCUGCUCCUUCCGGCAAUGAUGUUUUCUCCACUGCGCCUUCAUAUAGAAUGAGCAGGGACGGCCCAAGUCUCUCGCCCUCGCGGCCAACCUCUAGCCAUAGACCCGGUUCCAGCCAUAGACCCGGUUCCAGCCAUAGACCCGGUUCCAGCCACAGACCUGGGUCUAGCCAUAGCGAAGCGACUGUCGUCCAUCCGGUCAAAGAUGGCGAACGACCGGCUACACCUCCCGUUCCUGGCAGCAAUGGUGCGCGGCUAGAUGAAGGGGACCGUAGACCCUCACUCAGCCUGCACACACGGUCUACUAGCUCCGUUGAGAAAAGCACGGACUCCAGCUCGUUACCACCAUCAAGCCCGUCAGUUUCGAGAACUAUGGACCCCAAGAGAUGGAGUCCAACCAAAGCUUCCUGGCUCGAAAGUGCUUUGAACCGCGACGAAUCACCCAGGCAUAAGCGACAGCCCUCCCAACAGGCUUCCUGGGUCAAAGACCGGCAAUCAAAAGGUAGCGUUGACUUGGGUCGAACCGCAAGCUUCAAGGAGGUCACACCCGUGGGUCUUAUGCGGACUACUGCUCCUGGUGGUCACUCAAAGACCUCCAGUAUCACCGGCAUCCCCGACAUAUUUUCCAAUCACGAUGCAGGGAAGACGAAAGAAGCAGAACCCGAAACCACCACACAAAGCGCGGAUACUCAGGAUAGCUAUUUACCACCUGCAGAGAAGACCGAAGAGACCUCUCCUUCGAAAGAGGAGUCGCCUACCAAAACAGAGGCGGAACCGGAGAAAACAGAAGAUGAAGCUACGAAACACAAGCGUACACCGUCUAAUCUGAGCCCGAUAACCAAGACCACUAUCGAUGCGCCCCUGGCAUCCCCUCGUGAUCCGCUGUUGAAUAGGCCCAAGCCUCUGUCUCCUGUAAUAGAUUUCAGAGCCAACCUUCGACGGAGGGAAGUGGUCAAGGAUGAGUCACCCAGGGAGGAACCAGAAUUCAAGAAUGUCUUCGGAAGGCUGAAGAAAGCAGAGUCCUCGAAGCACGUGCCGCCGGACGAGUUGAAAGAAAAUAUUCUCAAAGGCAAGGCAGCUCUGAACUCCUCGGGCGGACCAAAAAAGUCGCAGAAAGUGGAUGAAUUGAAAGACAGCAUUUUGAAGCAGAAAGAAGCAAUCAAAGCCAGUGGGGGUUCGCUGAGACGUAAUACUGCGGGGGAGAAGGAUGCUCCCGGCAAAUUUGUACCUGAAGCGAUUGCAAUGCGGAACAAUUUGACCAAGUCCAGCAGUAUCAAAAGCAAUCUUUCAGCAGCCGAUUCUUCGUCGCCGCUUUCGCCGCUCUCGCCUAGAGAGCCGGGCACACCAAGAAGCACGCAUGGCUUCCAGGUUGCAUCGCCACUGUCCCCUGCCGGCGGCGAGUCUCUUGAAAAGUUUCAGGAUUCGCCAAUCGCCCCAGAACCACCCAAGCCCGGCGCUGAUGAUAAUGCCGAGGAGGCGGCUGAACCGAAACUGCCGGAAAAAGAGAGAGGAUGCGAACAGGAGAAGACGGACGGGGCAGAGGUGAACGCCGAAGAGGUAAAGGAGGAGGGCAUCAAUCCGGUGCGUUCUCUGCCACCGGGGGAUUUGAUGCAGGCUACAAGUGCACCUGCUGAGACUGAGGGUCCUGCUGCUAAAAGUAAACUCGCAGGCCGAUUAAAUCCUGCCUUAGCGGGCCUUUUAUCCCGUGGCCCGCCCGCACCGAUUAACGGGUCGAUGAAAGGUCCUUCUUUCAACAGUGCUGGGGAAAGCAGCUCGAGAGUGGAAAGUUCUCAAGCUGCCGCACUCACUCAUUUGACCAAGGGUCGAGCUAGAGGGCCAAAGAGACGCCUGCCCCAGGGUACUACACCGGAAGGUACGAACUCACUCUUUGAUGAAAGCAAUCAUGUACCAGAGUCUCCGCCAACACCUUUGGAUGCACAGAGACCAGAAUCGAUGUACUCGGAGACGGAGGAGGAAAGUGAUGCUCCGGAUAUGCCAGCACAUGUGGAUGUAGAAGAAGCCGAAGACAUGCCAUUGCACACGAAGACGGCAGAUGCUCUAGAGCCAUUGACAUACAUGGAAGAAAAGAACCCCGAACCUGCGAGUCCAGUCCAGGAGGCUAUCACGCAUGCACCAGAGCUUCCGGAAACUGUGGGACAGCCAGAGCAUGAGCCCCUGAGCCCACUGCAUAAGGAGAAUACUAAUACACCAGAGCCGUCGGCACCCAUGAUUGAGGAACCCGAACCUGCUAGCCCAGUCAAAGAAGGAAUGAACUAUGCAACCGAGGUUUCAGCGCCUAUUCACAACGAUGAAUCUGAGCCUAUGAGCCAAUUCCAGGAAGAAGUCCACGAUGCACCAGUGCUCUCAGCACCCAUGAUUGAGGGACCUGAACCUGCUAGCCCAGCCAAAGAGGAGGUGAACGAUGCACCCGUGGUUUCAGCGCCUAUGGAUAAGGAUGAAUUUGAGCCCGCGAGCCCACUCGGGACAGAAGCCCACGACGCUCUAGUGCUCUCAGCACCAACGGAUAAAAUGGAAACUGAGCCCGCAAGCCCUAUCCGAGUGAAAAUAAACGAUAUACCGGUGGUCUCAGCACCUAUUGAUAAAGACGAACUUGAGCCUGCAAGCCCAUUCCGGGAAGUAGUCCACGAUGCACCGGUGGAUAAGAAUGAAACUGAGCCCGCGACUCCGAUCCAAGAGGGAACAAACGAUGUACCGGUGGUUUCAACAUCCGUUGAAAAAGACCUUUCUGAGCCUACGACCCCACUCCAAAAAGAAGUCCACGAUGCACCUGAACCCGUGAGCCCGAUCCACGAAAUCAGUGUUGCGCCAAAGCUCUCGGAGCCCCUGGUUAAGGAAGAAGCCACCCCUGCCUUCCCAAUCCACGAGGAGUCCGAUGAUGUAUUAGUGCCUCCAGCACUUAUGAGUAGGAAGGCACCUGAACCUGCAAGCCCAAUUCUGGAGGAUAUCAACGGUGCACCGGUUGCCUCGGCGCUUUCUGGUAAAGAUGAACCUGAACUUGUGGGCCCAGUCCAAAAUGAAGUUCACGUUGCACCGGUGCUCAGUGCACCUGCGGGUAUGACUGCUCCUGGUCCUACGAGCCCGAUCCAAGAAAAAGCCAAUGGGGCGCCAGAUUUCUCGACUCUUUUGGAAGAUGAAGAGGCCAAGCCUCUGAUCCCAGUCCGAGAAGGGAGCAUCCCUAAGCCCGAGCCUUUAGCUUCUGCGGAUGGCGAGAAAUCUGAGACUACAAACCUAGCUCUCGAGAGCCCUAACGCCCCAGGACUGUCAGAACAGGCAGAAGAGACAACACUUGAAGCCACAAGCCCAAUCUUGGAAAGGAAAACUUAUGUACCACCACCACCGGUCCAUAUGGAUAUUGAGGAAACUGAAGCUACAAGCCCGGUUCACUACGAGACUACUGAGGCACUGGAGAUGCCGGCCAGCGAGGACGAGGACAGGCCUUCAUCGUCAAUAUUUGAGGUGGAUGAGCACCCAUCUGCCUCUUUGAAUGCGCACGUUCCCGAGCCCAUGUUUUCUGACCCAAGAGAGAAGAAUGGUGUUCUGAGUCCCUCUGCGCCCAAAGCGGAAGAACCGAAAACCAAGAGUCCAGCUCCUGAGGCAGGUGAUGCAGUACCGAAUUCUCCAUCAGAGCUUUCGGAUGCACACGAGCCAGCACCUGCGCGUCCAACCUCGGUCGACAAUAUUGGUACUGUGAAGUCUCCAUCAUUGGAUGCAGAGUUCGAGCCUCCAAAUGCUACGUCAGAAGUAAAUGAGGCGAUCCCGAAAUCUCCAGCAUCUACUUUGGAUGCACAGAGGUCAGAAGCACACAUCUCACCCAUUGGCAGUCCUGCGGGAGUCUCCAGCGGCUGGCCCCUUCCUAAUACUGAAGUCAAAUCCCAUGACGAACCGCAAGAGAGCCCGAGCCAACAUGACACGCCAGCAACAAGCAAGCCAACUGAAUUCAAGAGGAGCAUCCCUCGUUUAAUAGAGAGAGAGACACCGCAGAAGCCCGACGACGCGAGCCCUAAACCUUCAACGGUGUUGGAUCAGACUGCUACCAAUAUUCGAGAGAACGCCAGCGCAUACUUUAAGAGCAUACGGAGCUCACUCUCGGCGAAGCCUCCUCUGCCACCCAAAACAGCUCCACUGCCAGCAACACCUGUCUCUAACCAGACACGGGGCUCGCCGACUCACUUCUCAUCACCUUCUCCUUCGCCUUUGAGGGGAAGCUUCAGGGAUAAUCAGAGCUAUACUCAUCCAGCACAGCAGAGGUCCGCGUCCUCGCUUUUUUCCAGCAUAGGCUCACGCAACUCGUCGCCACGGGAUAAAGCCUUGCCUUCUCCCCCUGUUCCUCCUAAGGGGUCCAGGGCCUCUGUUGACCGCUUCUCCUCGAGAUCUUCAACAUCUCUUGUACCUCAGGCCGAUGAAUCAUGGGAAGCCAUCUCUGAUUUCUUCAAGACCUUCCCCAAAUCUAGCGACCGUGUCAACAUUGAUACGCAGCUGAUGCUGGCUGAUAAGAGUGACAAUGCCAAGAUCAGGACUUUGAAGAGACAGUUGUGGGAGAUUACGGGAGAUGGGAAGAAGCAGGAUCUUCCUGUUAAUCAGGAAUAUAUCCUGUAUGAAGGAAGCAUGUACCUGUGCGUACAUCUUUUCGAGGCCGAUGGCACUGUACGCUCCGAAGUGCACCUCUGGUGUGGUGAUGAUGUCCCCGACUCGGCAGUCGAUGAUGCCCAGGCUUUCUCUCGUAAAGUCGCCAAGGAUAAUGGGUCCAAGCUGGAGAUCAUCAAGCAAGGCAAGGAACCCGCUCGGUUCAUUCAAGCUCUUGGGGGCAUUCUCAUUACUCGUCGCGGCUUGAGUUCUCGCUCCAGCUCCUCCGCCAUCUUCAUGCUCUGCGGGCGCAAGCAUCUGGGUCAGAUGGUGUUCGAUGAAGUCAGCUUCUCGCCCAGCAAUCUGAGCUCCGGCUACCCCUUUGUGAUCUCUGCGAUGUUUGGCAAGCUCUUCCUCUGGAAGGGCAAGGGCAGCUCCGCCGAAGAGAUUGGUGCUGCGCGCCUGAUUGGCAUGGACCUUGGGCUAACCGGCGAGUUUGAGGAAGUGGCUGAGGGUGAGGAACCAGAGAGCUUCUUCGAAGUCUUUCCCCAUUGGGAGCGAGAUACAGGCGAUACCAGCACCGACUACUGGCGUGCAAAACCCAACCACGAGCGAUAUCGCUCGCGGCUUUUCCGUAUCGACCACGAGCUCGGCCAGCGUUCAGGGUUCUGGCUGCGUCGCUCAGGCUCGCCUUCUCCGGUUAUCCGGCCCAAUGACACUGUCCAGGAAAUCGAGCCUUUCUGCCUCAGGGACAUUACUGCUAAGGGUGUCUAUGUUCUUGACACCUUUUUCGAGAUCUACGUGAUCGUGGGCGACCAAGCUUCCAACCGGCCCGCCGAGUUCGCAUCUGCUGUAGUCCUCGCGCACGAAUAUGGAAUUCUCACUGCAUCACUUCAAGACCGACCCUUCAUUCCGAAGAGUUUCGUCGCUCUUGGAGGAGUUCCAGAGUCUUGCAGCACUGCGUUCCGGAAGUGGAUCCCGGGCUAUCCUUCGCAACGUCUCCCCCAGGUGUUCCCCCUUAAUGCGGCUAUCGAAGCGAUUCGGUCCGCUUAA